CCAGCCAGCCCUUCCCAAGCCAGAGCUGGAAGGGAGACAGGCAGGCAGGCAGCCUGAGUUCCUCUGGCGGCCAGAUCAGCCCCUGAGUUGGACCACUCCUUGGCAAGAUGAGAAGACUGCUGGGAGCUGCGGAAGGACCUCGCCUCUGACCUGCUGCGAGGGGCGGUUCAGGGGGAUCCCCGGGACAGAGGCUGAUUCACUGCUUGGGCUGUCAUCCUCUCUGAAGGCGAUGUCAGGACCUGAAGCUCACAGCCACGGCAGGAGGCUGCCCUCCGACAUGGACAAUGGGCAGCGAGGGCUGGAUGCAGAGCAGAUGCAGCAGCAGCAGCUCAAGCUACGGGAGAGGCAGAGAUUCUUUGAGGAGGUUUUCCAACAUGACGUAGAUUUCUUCUUCCCAGUAUCACACCUGCAGAUAGAGCACAGGAGACCUCCCUUAGGCAGCAUUUCCUCCAUGGAAGUGAAUGUGGACAUGCUGGAACAGAUGGACAUGAUGGACCUUUCUGACCAAGACACUGUGGACGUGUUUCUCAGCUGCGGGACGGAGGACAAUAACAACGUAGCAGCUCUUUUGCCAGAUUCCAACCGUUACGAGGAGGAAAUUUCUCUGCAAGUGCCCAACUCAACCGAGAUCAAAUCCCGGAUCUCGUCCACGUCCUCUGCCUCUACAGACCUGAACAGCCUAGACACCAGUGAGGAAGGGGCUGAGACCCCCGUGGUGCAGUCAGAUGAAGAAGAACUGCAGCAAGAUGGCCCCGAGGAGCAGGAGAGCAGCAGCUAGCGGUGUGUGUGUGUGCGUUUGUGUGUAUGUUGCCAAUCCACCGCAUUGACUCUGCCAGCUGACGUGAUGAUGAAGGAAUGUGGCUGUCUGGCUCAGUGACUAAACCUCACAGCGGUUCCCUAUCUCAUUUUUUGUACUUGGGGAGAAUUAGAAAGAAGCCUCCCUGCAAGAUGGUCAAUGCAUGGAGAAGGUAAAGAGCAUAGGGAGAAAGGGGUGAGGCAAAGGGACUGUAGUUUUGUUUUGUUUUUAACUAACUCUCCAGCCUUUUACAGCUAACGCUCUUGGUUCACUCACCCUGACUACUCAAGUUAGCCAUGACCUCGGCUGCAAUUAUUUCAGGCAAGGCAUUUGUGCAGGCUUAGAGUCUCUCCGAUUCCAGCACAUCACAUACACACAACAAAUGUCUUAGUUGUAACAUAAAAGAAAAUUAUAUUCCUUUCAA